CAGAACCCUGUGAGAAAAAUGACAAUUAUAUAUUAUAGGUACACAAAUUGUAUCUAUAGAUUUAAAUUUAAAUUAUAAAAAUUCAAAUUGUUCAAUAACAAUUAACAAAAACAUAUACAUAUAUAAAAUGAAAACUAUUAUUGCUCCAGAAGUUGAUAUGCUGAUUGUUUCACGCAGUUCCAGAAAUUCCAGAAAAUCUAUCAUGAAUUUUGCACCUAAAAUUGGGCUAACUAUGGUUAAUUAUGCCAAAUUAGAUAACAUUGAUAAUUUCUACCUUGAUUGCCAAGAAUUUAGAGACUACUACCGUGAUCCAUAUAAUAAAAUUUCUAGACCGGAAGCAUUUAAGAAACAUUAUGGAAAAUGUGGACGAAGAGAAAUUGAUAAAAAUACGGUUUCAUUAAGUUUGCCGCCAACUUGGGUCCAUGAGAAACAACCUGUAGUAUAUCCCUUAAAAUAUGACAGGAAGUUACGAUUGAAUGAAGGCAUAAUAUUAGGUGGGCAAUACGACCGCAUAUCUUGUAUCAAAUACAAACGUUGAAAAAUAAAUAUAAUAAAUAAAGCAGGUAUGAAACAUGCUUCAUUUUAGAGCAUAAAUAAGUUAAAUCAGAAUUUAAUAUUUAGAAAUGUAAAGGCAUAAUCGAUAAUAUGUAUAUGCGAGGGUUUAGUCAUCACUUUGCCUAUAUAUGUAUACCAUCCUUAUGAAGCAGUUGAUGUUUAAAGAGAGGCACGGGAACUGCGGCUUCAUAGUUUUGCAUAAAACGACGAGUGAUGUCACUUGAUGCCACACACCCAAUCUUUCUGCCAAAUUUGUUAGUAAGCGAAUUAAGUUAU